AAGCUGCAUCUGUGUUUCGAAUAUGGGUUCAAUUGAAACUGAAACAAAAUUCUUUCAAUAGAAAACAAAAAUGAAAGUGUUUGUCAUCUUUGCACUGACAAAAGUGAUAAAACUAGCCAAACCUGCAUUUGACAUGUUAUGAAUGUAUUUAUAGGUCUGUAUGCGUUUUUGCAAAUAACAAUUGAAGGCUUCUAAUCGAAUCGAAAUAAGAAUCUGGUAUAAAUACUGCAGUUUUAGCAUUAACGCAACUAUAGAUUUUUUAACUUUGUACUGUUCUGAGUCUUUUAAUCAGAACUUUUGAAGCAAUGAAACUUUUCCUCAUUUCUUUCACUUUAUUGGCCACCACUUGGGCCCAAUCACUUUCUAGUGAAUAUUUGCCUCCUACCGAGGAAUACUCGGGUGCCUUUAGCAAUGCAGUGGAAACAAAUUUUUUGGAAAAUGAACCCACUCAUUCAUUAGCAGAUGAUGGUUAUCGUUACAAAACCGUCAAACGUUUCCGUUUGCGUCAUCGCCGCGAUGUAAGUGAAUUGUCCAACAGUUACUUGCCUCCCCAUGCUGCCUCUGCUCCAGCUCCUUCUUUCUCAUCUGCUGUUGAAAGCGCUCCUGCUCCCGUGUUCUCCACCCCAGUUUCCACUGAAACCUAUGAAGUUGAAGCUUCCGAACCCGCCCCUGCCCACUCUUUCGGUGAUGAUGGUUAUCGUUACAAAACUGUAAAACGUUAUCGUCUUCGCCGUCGUCGUGAUGUAAGCGAAUUGUCCAACAGUUAUUUGCCUCCACAUGCUGCCUCUGCUCCAGCUCCUUCUUUCUCAUCUGCUGUUGAAACAGCUCCUGCUCCCGUGUACUCCGCCCCAGUUGCCACUGAAUCCUAUGAAGUUGAAGCUUCGGAACCCGCCCCUGCCCACUCUUUCGGUGAUGAUGGUUAUCGUUACAAAACUGUAAAACGUUAUCGUCUUCGCCGUCGUCGUGAUGUAAGCGAAUUGUCCAACAGUUACUUGCCUCCCCAUGCUGCCUCUGCUCCUGCUCCUGUAUUCUCAUCUGCUGUUGAAACCGCUCCUGCUCCCGUGUACUCCGCUCCAGUUGCCACUGAAUCCUAUGAAGUUGAAGCUUCGGAACCCGCCCCUGCUCACUCUUUCGGUGAUGAUGGUUAUCGUUACAAAACUGUAAAACGUUAUCGUCUUCGCCGUCGUCGUGAUGUAAGCGAAUUGUCCAAUAGUUACUUGCCUCCCAAUGCUGCCUCUGCUCCAGCUCCUGCAUACUCAACUUCAGUUGAAACUGCUCCAGCAUCUGUUUACUCAGCUCCAGCUGCCACUGAAUCAUAUGAAGUCCAAGCUUCAGAACCAGCUCAUUCAUUUGGUGAAGAUGGUUACCGCUACAAAACAGUAAAACGUUACCGCCUUCGUCGUCGCUACUAAACAGUACAAAUCUCCAUAUUACUAAUGACUAUAUGUUGUAUUAUAAUGUUUACAAUAAAUGAUUCGAUUUGAAUUUAUAUAUAUACA